UAAUCUCUUUAAAUUAAUACCCUAACCCAUUAGUUGACUAUUUUUAGUGUAUUUAUAGGAAACACCAUUUCUAACUAUUUCUGGUCAGGUUUGUUCCUAUUGGCCUGUUUAACUGUUUAAGUCUAAAGAAGAUUUUAAAAGAUAGUUGAAGAACACUUAAAAUGAGUGCUCUUUUAUUUGGGAUACAGCUUUAAACUUUAAAGCCUCAUAUAGCCAAAAGCUCAUAAUAUUAAUCGGAAUACGAUUCACUUUCGAAAAAUAAAAAAAAAGAAAUUUCAAAAAAGUUGAUGAGAGUAAAGGUUGUCUACAUAUAUGACGUGCCAAAACAUGCCAGUGGGGAUUUAGAGUGGAGGUGAAACGAUGGGCCAAAAGUCUUUACACAUUUUAGCUGAUCGUACGUUGAGUAGUAUUGUGUAAAGUAAAUGCAUGAGUGCGGAAUAAUUAAAUACUUGGACUAAUGCAGGCACAAUAUGCAAUGAUAGCGUACUUCUGACAAGUUCCUCCAGAUAAAACUAAUUUUGGUGUCGUUUUAUCAAUAGAUCACCGUGAAAGAGAGGAACGAGUAUGGGAACAUAUCUAAUUUUAAGUGUAGCUGUAAAUAUUGCGUUGGUGGCUUCAGAUAUAGCUACCAACCAAACAUCAAACUUAUGCUUAACUCCAGGCUGUAUUCAAGCAGCCUCGAAUAUUUUAAGCAAUAUGGACGCAAGUGUUGAGCCAUGCGAUGACUUUUAUCAAUUCGCAUGUGGCAAGUUUAUCAAACAGGAAAUGAAUGGAACUUCAUCCGUUAAAUUAACGGAAGAUUUGGUUGACAAACAGCUAAGAGUAGCACUGGAAGAGAACGUGACAACACAAGAACCACGACCGUUCAGGCUUCUUAAGAAGGUAUAUCAAGCAUGCAUGAAUACAACUGCGAUUGAGCGGGAUGGCUUAACGACGAUAAAAUCAAUUUUACUAGAACUAGGCGGAUGGCCGGUGUUAAAAGGACAGAUGUGGGAUCAGGAAAGAUUUGAUUGGAAGCAGUCCGUUUACAGGUUUCGUAAUUUCGGGUACGAAUAUAAUUAUUUCUUUGUCGUUAAACCAUGGAUAGAGAUAGAGUAUUAUUCACAGCGUACGCUCUGUAUAGAGCCAGCACAUGUAACUCGUCCGAGUGACCUCAAAUCGUACCUAAAUAAAAUGGUGAACGUUGCCACUGCUUUAGGCGCUGAAAGAAGAGUGGCCGAAAAGGAGCUUAAUGAAACAUUAAACUUCGAGCUCAAUUUAAGUAUGAUGGCAAGUGAACCUCGAGAAGAUACAAACCGUUUCAUAUCUAUAUCAGAAUUACAACAAACAGUUCCUAGUAUUCCUUGGUUGGAGUACUUGAAUUCAGUAUUAAACCUUCCCCACGUUACUUUUCCAGCUCCUGCCCUAAUGUUAUUGCGGGUAGCUCCUAGUUACUUUUCAGAUUUAGAGACACUGCUCUUUAAUACACCAAAAAGAAUACAGGCAAACUAUCUUAUGUGGAAAGUUGUCGAAUCAUCGAUACCUUUCCUUACAGAGGAGGUGCAACUAGAUAAGAGUCCAUUCAGGUGGAAGAAAUGCGUCAGUUUAACUUCAAAAAGCAUGCCAAUUGUCACCGGUGCAUUAUAUGUUCGGAAACAUUUCACCGAAGGAACCAAGCAAGACGUUAUGGAAAUGGUUUCCAACAUCAAAAAACAAUUUGCAAACACGAUAAAAACGGCCGACUGGAUGGAUAACGAUACAAAGCAACAUGCGUUAGAUAAAGUCGCAGCUAUGUCCUCUUUCGUUGCGUAUCCAGACGAAUUCCUCUCAGACGAAAUAUUCAAAGACAUUUAUGAAGGGUUGCAUGUGAUGUCCGACAACUUCCUAAAAAUCAUACUGAGCAUUACACUCUAUGAUUAUCAGGAUGCAGCCAAACGUUUAGUACUGCCAGUGAAGCAACCCGAUUGGUUUGAAUUCGGAAACGUCGUUAAUGUGAAUGGCCACUACGUUAGACAAUCUAACAUAAUAAAACUGCCUGCCGCAAUAUUGCAAGGCGUCUUUUUCAGUACCGAUAGGCCACGGUAUAUGAACUACGGGGGAAUAGGUUUCAUAAUCGGACACGAAAUUACUCACGGAUUCGACAAUACAGGCCGACUGUAUGACAAAUUUGGAAGUUUGAAAGAUUGGUGGGCACCUUCCGCAAAUACAAAGUUUAUAAGAAAGGCCCAGUGCUUAAUUGAUCAGUAUGGAAACGUUUCCGUACCGGAAUUCGGAUUAAAUCUAAACGGGUCUCUAACGCAACCAGAAAAUAUAGCAGAUAACGGUGGUGUGAGAAACGCAUAUUUAGCAUACAAUGAAUGGGUUCGGCGCAAUGGAAAGGAACCACUUCUUCCCAAUCUCAACUACACCGAUAGGCAAUUAUUUUGGAUUUCGGCUGCGAAUGCUUUUUGCGAAAAGGUGUUACCGAGGAAGGAGCUAAUUCAGAUCAGUCGGUAUCCUCCCACCAACUUUAGAAUAAAUGUAGCUCUAAGUAAUACGGAUUAUUUUGCUAAAGAUUUUAAUUGCCGUAUAGGAAGCGAAAUGAACCCCUUUAAAAAAUGCGCGGUUUGGAAGUUUCUUUAUAUAUAAUUAUGUUCUUUGCUUUCUUUCAGUAAAAGAGCGAAUAAGGAAAUGAUUAACUAUUAAAAUAGUUUUAUGCAAAAGUGGAUUAUUAAAAUUGUGCUAAAUUAUU